CUGUGCAUGAUUUCCUGCAAGACAGGAAUGUCAGUGUUUUGUCAUAGCCAGCAAAGAGCCAGGAUCUCAAUCCCAUUGAGCAUGUCUGGGACCUGUUGGAUCGGAGGGUGAGGGUUAGGGCCAUUCCCCCCAGAAAUGUCCGGGAACUUGCAAGUGCCUUGGUGGAAGAGUGGGGUAACAUCUCACAGCAAGAACUGGCAAAUCUGGUGCAGUCCAUGAGGAGGAGAUGCACUGCAAUAGUUAAUGCAGCUGGUGGCCUCACCAGAUACUGGCUGUUAUUUUUGAUUUUGACCCCCGCUUUGUUUAGGGACACAUUAUUCGAUUUCCAUGUCUGUGAAACUUGUUCAGUUUAUGUCUGAGUUGUUGAAUCUUUUUAUGUUCAUACAAAUAUUUACACGUUAAGUUUGAUGAAAAUAAAAGCAGUUGAAAGUGAGAGGACGUUUCUUUUUUUUGCUGAGUUUAUAUCCAGGUUGCCUAGCCCAACUCGACGCACCACUCACAAAAUGAGGGCGCAUCAGACGACCUCCAUCCCCUGAGGAUUACCCGCCUGCCAAUCAUCACGCUGGUCAGGACCCAGCUCUCCAUAUAUCCAUCACGCAAAAUACACAGUCUGGGGCAAAAUGAAAAUUGAGUGUCCACUACGUCACACAUGAAGCUCUGAACCCUCAACCAAAAUUCUUGGAUCUUAUCACAUCCCCAAAAAACAUGGGUUGUGUCCCCGUCUUCUGAUUGGACUCGCCAGCAGACUUGAUGGAAAUGAAAGAGGAAGACCAAGAGCCAAUAGAAGUGAAAGAAGAAUGUGAAGAACUGAAUGAAGUGAAGGAGGAACAUCAGAAUUUCAUAACUGGAGAAAAAUCUUUUAGUUGCUCACAGACUGAAAAUAAUUUCUCACAAAACAAAACUCAACCAGAAAAUUCCUUCACAUGUCCUCAGUGUGGAAAGAGUUUUACUUGUAAAGGAAACCUUUUGAUUCACAUUACUCUUCACACUGCAGAGAAACCAUUUAUGUGCCCUCAGUGUGGAAAGAGUUUAACACGGAAAGAAGGUCUUAACAUGCACAUGAAAAUUCACACUGGAGAGAACCCUUUCUCAUGCCAUAAGUGUGGAAGAAGUUACACAAACAAAUCUGGCCUUAAAAGACACAUAAGAUUUCACACUGGAGAGAAACCUUUUUCAUGCCAUCAAUGUGGAAAGAGUUACACAGAGAAACGAAGUCUUCAGAUACACAUAAGAACUCACACUGGAGAGAAACCUUUCACAUGCACUCAGUGUGGAAACAGUUUCAUACGGAAAGCAAGUCUUACCAAGCACAUGAAAAUUCACACUGCAGAGAAACCAUUUAUGUGCCCUCAGUGUGGAAAGAGUUUAACACGGAAAGAAGGUCUUGACAUGCACAUGAAAAUUCACACUGGAGAGAAGCCUUUCACAUGCCUUCAGUGUGGAAAAAGUUACAUAGACAAUAUACGCCUCAAACGACACAUGAGAUUUCACACUGGAGAGAAGCCUUUCACAUGCUCUCAGUGUGGAAAAAGUUUCGUAAUGAAAGGAGAUCUUAACAUGCACAUGAAAAUUCACACUGGAGAGAAGCCUUUCUCAUGCCUUCAAUGUGGUAAAAGUUUCACGUCUAAAAGAUCCCUUGAAGUGCACGUAAGGAUUCACACUGGACAGAAGCCAUUCAUUUGUCAUCAAUGUGGAAAAAGUUUCAUUAAUAAAGGAAACCUUAAGGACCACAUAAGAUGUCACACUGGAGUGAAGCCUUUCAUAUGCUUUCAGUGUGGGAAAAGUUUUUUGCGUAAAAGAAAUGUUGAUGAGCACAUGAGAAUUCACACUGGAGAGAAGCCUUACACAUGCCUUCAGUGUGGAAAGAGAUUUGCUCGUAAAGUAAACGUUGACAUGCACAUGAGUAUGCACACUGGAGAAAAGCCUUACAUAUGCCAUCAAUGUGGAAAGAGUUUCAGACAGUCACGCACCCUAAAAAAACAUGGGAGAGUUCAUGCUGGAGAGAAACUAUAACACC